AUGGGAUACACGGAUGUGCUUACCACCAUUGCCAAAGUCAAGAAGUCGUGUCUACCAUCUCAGUGGAAUGGUCUUCUAACUCUUCUUAUCAAAGGCUUGGCGAAACGAAGUGCUGGAUCAGAUGACACUAGUAAAGGAUUUCUGACCAUUCUCUAUGGUCUGUACAAUGGAAUAAACCUAGACUAUGGGUCUAUUAUAUGGUCUCAGGUUGUGCAGAGCCUAAAUACUUCCACUCGUCAGUCCGAAAUUUCUUGUGGAAGGUUUUGGACUCUCAUUACAAGGCGGGUGAUAGAUACUCUGGAAAUUCCGGUGAUGAAGGAUGCUCUCAUCGCGUCCAUUGCAACUUUUAAUACAAAUAAGAUCAUCAUCUCCGACCCAACAAAGUUUCUUCAUUAUGGUUCAACUCCUGAAUCCAUGUGUAGGGAUGUUACAACCGAGAGUCAGGUGAUGGCUGAAUAUAGAAAACUUCCUCCCAAGGAGCUGAGAGUUCUUUCUCCUGAGCAAAAGGCUGCCUUGGAUGCUGUUGACAAGCCAAGCAACAGAGGAAAAAGGGUGACAACGAGGAAGGAAACAACCGAGGAGGAUCAACCUAAGCCCUCCAAAUCAAAGAAGCAAAAGUCAGAAAAGGAGUCCUCCUCAAAGCCAAAGAAAAUAAAGAAAUUGGCGAAGAGAUCAAGAAAUCAAACUCCUCCAAGUCCUGCUCAUCCUAAAGAAGAUGAAGAAGAUGAAGUUCCUCCAGAAUCUUCACGAGGUAAUACUCCUCCGAUAUCUCCUACACCAACCGAAUCUCCACCUCACAAACUUCCAACUCCACCUCCAUCACCGAAACCGAAACCUCCAUCGCCGACACCGAAAGUUCCAGUUUCGGUUGUUACCACUUCCCCCAAAAAACCGUCUUUUCCACCACCACCACCACUAGUUUCUUCUGUUUCCAUUCCUAUAACCACCUUACCAACUCCUAUCAUUUCCCAAUCAACCACCAUAACUAUCCCUGAACCAACAGCAACAGUCAAUGUAUCUGAUAUGGGGGCACCUACUGAAACCGAACCCCCAGUCAUCCGUAAACCUCUCACUCCAACCCACUCAAUCGGUUCCAGUGCUACUCUAGGUGAAGACAAUGAUGAGUAUGACUCUACAUACUUUAGUCCAUAUUGGCUUCAAUCUGAUGAAGACAAUGAUGUUCCUAUCAACCACCAAUAUUUACAGAGAAUUCAUGAAAAGCUGGAUAAGAUACUUGCAGAUAAUAAAGCUUAA